UCGCCAUUUAUAACAAUUCCGUUGAUUGUAUUCUUGGCCACAGUAUACCCAAAGUCUGAUCGUUGGUCUCCCGCACGCGGCGAUACAUGCAUUAUAAUGGGUGCCGGUUCUGGCAUUCUGUUGGGCUCUUGGCUUAACUUCCAAUUAGGCAUAUAUAAAGGUCCGGCACUUCCGCCUCCAUUUCCAAUAUUAUGGCCCGGAUAUGGGGUCAUAGGACUGUCUGCUCUGCGACUAUCAAUUGGCAUCUUAUGUAUCGUGGCCGCUCGAGCCAUCGGCAAGUUAUUGGUGUUCUCACUGUUGUGUUAUAUACGAAAUUUGGACCCAAGAGAUCCCAAGAAUAAAAUACGAGUAUCGGUAGAAGUUCCCUGUAAAGUGAUCACUUAUAUGGCAAUGGGAAUUACCAUCACUUACUUGUCUCCUGUAGUCUUUAGGUUCUUAAACAUUGAAAGAGUGACAAUGUUUACAGAAAUCUAG